UUGAUGUCAUUAUAUGAUUAAUUGAUUUAAUAAUAAGUUGAAUCAAUUAAUCAAAAUCAUAUGAAAAAUAAGAAAAUCGACUAUAAUAUGGAUUUAGCUAUGUUGUAAAUUGGAAAAUUGUAACCCAAUGCCACUACUUAAAUUAAAUAACAAUAAAAAUAGUAAAAAAAAAAAAUAGAAGAGGAAGACCAAUAUCUAGAAACAAAUAUGAAAAUCAUAGUAUUAUGGAAUUUCAUUUAUUUUUAAGGGGACAUGUGAAGAUUUAGAAAAACCUUAUUUUAGACUUACUGGUUUGCCAGAUCCUAAUAUGAUUAGACCUGAACAUAUUUUAAAAAAAGCCUUAGUAUAAUUAUUAGAUAAAUGGAAAAACUAUUAAGUUGAUUAUAAUUUUACUAUUGAACAAUUUAGAUCAAUUAGAUAAGAUCUCUUGGUCUAACAUAUUGAAAAUAGAUUUACAGUUUAAGUUUAUGAAGAAAAUGCUAGAAUAUGUUUAGAAUGUGGUGAUUUUCCAAGAUAUGAAAGUUGUUGGACUAUGCUUGGAGAUUUAUAUGAUAUGAUUAGUAUUAGUGAAGGGAAAGAUGUUAAUUUAAUUGGAAAUAAAGUUGAGUUUGAUAGUUACAGAAUAUUCUAUCUUACUAUGUUAAAUAAAUAAGAUUAAUUAGUAAAAAUACUUCAUUAAAAUUUAGAUGAUUAACGAAUUAAAUUUGCAUUAGGGUAUUUUUAUUAAUAUUAUAUUUUUAUUAGAUUAAGAGAAUCUUAUAAAUGUGGAAAUUAUGUUAAGUUAUUUAAAGAUUAUAAAGAGUCUGGUGAAACUAUGGGAAGUAUAAUUAAUCAUUUCUUAGUUAGAAUUAGAGUAAAAGCAUUGAAAUAAAUUGUUAAAACGUAAACAUUUACAUUUUUUAUAGGUAUAUUUCUAAUAUUGAUCUUGAAUAUCUUGCUGAUUUAUUAGCAUUCUAAGAUGUUGAAUCAUUUAAAUAAUUCAUGUAAUUCUUUGGUAUUAUAAAAUUAUUUAUUAUUUAUUAGAAUUAGUUAGAUUUGAUGAGACUUUAAAGUUUUUAUUAAUAAAAUAAAGUAUCAAUGCUUUUGAUAAUAUCAAUUUUGAUAAAUUGAAUGAGUGA